AUGGCUGCAGCUGCAACUGUGAUAGGAGGUGCUUUUCUCUCUGCAACUCUUCAAACCUUAGUUGAGAAACUUGCUUCAACCGAGUUUCUUGAUUACAUCAGAAACACCAAGCUCAAUGUGACACUCUUGAGAAAGUUCCAAACAAUCCUGCUCACUCUUCAGGUUGUGCUGGAUGAUGCAGAAGAGAAGCAGAUCAGCACUCCUGCUGUCAAAAAUUGGCUAGAUGACCUGAAAGAUGUUGUCUUAGAUGCUGAGGAUUUGAUCAAUCAAAUAAGUUAUGAUUCCCUUCGGUGCAAGAUGGAGAAUAGACAAGUUGGAAACAGAACUAAUAAGGUGUGGAACUCUCUUUCAUCUCCUUUCAAAAACUUCUAUAGAGAUAUCAAUUCCCCAUUGAAGAUCAUGUGUGAAACUCUUGAACCUUUUGCACAACACAAAGAUACCCUUGGAUUGCAAACAAAAAGUGCUAGAGUUUCUCGAAGACCACCUUCAAGUUCAGGGGUUAAUGAAUCUGUCAUGGUUGGUAGGAAUGAUGAUAAAAAUACAAUCAUCAAUAUGCUUGUAUCAGACUGCGGCACUAGCAAAAAUAAUAAUUUAGGUGUUGUUGCAAUUUUGGGCAUGGGAGGUGUCGGAAAAACGACCCUUGCACAACUUGUUUACAAUGAUGAAAAAGUUGAAGAAUAUUUUGAUUUCAAAGUCUGGGUUUGUGUAUCAGAGGACUUCGAUGUUGUGAGAGUAACCAAGUCUCUCCUUGAAUCUGUUGUUAGAAAUACAACAUCUGCUGCUUCAAAGGUAUGGGAAAGCGAUAAUCUUGAUAUUCUUCGAGUUGAAUUAAAGAAAAAUUCGAGGGAGAAAAGAUUUUUGUUUGUGUUGGACGACUUGUGGAAUGACAACUACAAUGAUUGGGAUGAGCUAGUAAGUCCCCUCAUUGAUGGAAAACCCGGAAGUUCAGUGAUUAUAACAACUCGCCAACAAAAAGUUGCAGAGAUGGCGAAGACAUUUCCUAUUUAUAAAUUAGACCCUCUAUCAGACGAAGAUUGUUGGUCUAUACUCUCAAAACAUGCAUUGGGAAGUGAUGAAUGUGAUGCCAGUAAAAACACAGCCCUUGAAGAGAUAGGUAGGAAGAUUGCAAGAAAGUGUGGAGGAUUGCCAAUAGCUGCUAAAACACUAGGAGGACUUCUACGUUCAAGGGUAGACACAAUGGCGUGGACUGAUAUUUUGAACAGCAAUGUAUGGAACUUGCCAAAUGAUAAUAUUAUGCCGGCUUUACAUUUGAGUUACCAAUAUCUUCCAUCUCAUUUGAAAAGAUGUUUUGCAUAUUGUUCAAUUUUUCCAAAGGACUAUCCACUUGAUAGGAAGACAUUGAUUUUGUUGUGGAUGGCAGAGGGCUUCCUUGACUAUUCUCACGGGGGGAAAUUGGUAGAGGAAGUAGGUGAUGAUUGCUUUUCUGAAUUGUUGUCUAGAUCCUUAAUUCAACAAUCAAAUGAUGGUGCUCGUGUGAAAUUGUUUUACAUGCAUGACCUUAUCAACGAUUUAGCUACAUCAGUAUCUGAAAAAAUUUGUUGUCGGUCUGAAUUUGGUGACAUCCCUGAAAACGUUCGUCAUUUAUCAUAUAUUCAAGAAGACUAUGAUAUUUUCGUGAAGUUUAGGCCUUUCUACAAUUAUAAAUGCUUGCGAAGCUUCCUGCCCAUUACUUCUAAGGGGUGGUCACACAGUUUCUUAUCCGUCAAGGUGGUUGAUGAUCUGCUACCACUAUUCAAAAGGUUACGCGUGUUAUCGCUAUCAAAUUAUACAAACAUCACUAAGUUACCAGAUUCUAUUGGCAAUUUAGUGCAGUUGCGGUAUCUAGAUCUUUCACACACUGAUAUCAAAUGUUUGCCUGAUACAGUAUGUAACCUUUACAAUUUGCAAACCUUGAUUUUAUUAUAUUGCGACUAUUUCACUGAAUUGCCAGUGCAUAUGGGAAACUUAAUCAGUUUACGUCAUCUUGAUAUAAGUAGGACUGGCAUAAAAGAGUUGCCUAUGGAAAUUGGUGGACUAGAAAACCUCCAAACUUUGACUGUUUUUUUAGUGGGAAAGCGACAUGAAGGGUUAAGUAUCAAAGAGCUAGAGAAAUUUCCAAACCUACAAGGAAAGUUUACCAUAAAAAACCUACACAAUGUUGUUGAUGCAAAAGAGGCAGAAGAAGCCAACCUGAAAAACAAAGAGAAAAUUGAGAAGUUAGAGUUGACAUGGGGAAAACAAAGUGAAGAUUCACUACAAGUGAAAGUUGUGCUUGAAAUGUUGCAACCACCAAUAAGCUUGAAGAGGCUAAAAAUUAACUUGUACGGUGGGACAAGUUUUCCGAAUUGGUUGGGAAAUUCUUCGUUUUCUAACAUGGUGUCCCUUGAAAUUUGUAAUUGUAAAUAUUGCAUGACACUUCCACCGCUAGGCCAACUACCUUCUCUCAAGAAGCUGAGUAUAUCGGAUUUGUUGUUAUUGGAGACAAUUGGCCCAGAGUUCUAUUGUGUUGAGGAAGGAGAAUGUUCCAAUUCUACCUUCCAACCAUUUCCUUCCCUUUGA